GGAGACCUGAGGAUGAUGCAGGUGCUGGUUGACAACGGGGUUGAGGUCGACAUCGCCGACUAUGACGGCCGUACCCCCCUCCACCUGGCGGCAGCCAACGGGAACACGUCGAUCCUGGAGUACCUCAUCCAGCAGGAGGGGGUGGUGGUCAACGCGACUGACCGGUUCGGCUACACCCCCCUCGACGACGCGCUGCGGCACAGCAAGAAGACGGCAGUCGCGAUCCUG